AUGCUUUCUCUUUGUGCACAAGAAUCAGAGUCCUCACAGAGGAUAAAGCACAAUACUAAUGAGACAGCUGUUCUGGGAGAAAAUGUGACCCUCUUCUGCAACUUCACAAGCCUGGCAAAUGUUGAGCAAAUCACCUGGCAGAAAAUCCAAGGCUCUUUGCCUCAAAAUAUUGGCACUUACAGCCACAAAUAUGGAGAAAAGAUUCUCCCACCAUACGUAAACAGACUGCAGUGCAAGAUCCUGGAACCCAGCGCCUCCUUCAUGACUAUCCAAGGAGUGACAUUUGAAGAUGAAGCCUGCUACAAGUGUCUGUUUAAUAUUUUUCCACAAGGCAGCCACGGGGGACAAACCUGCCUUAACAUUUUAACUGUAUCCGAGCUAGUAACUGAACUUCAGUCUGCUCCUGGCUCUGAAGAUCUUCAUAACCUUCAUUGUUCAGCUGUGGGAAAGCCUGCCCCUGGAAUCUCCAUUUACCCUUCACAAGUCACAUUACACCCACCACAAGAGUACUUUGCUCAGAACACCAAUGCCACAGUGACUGUUAUUAAAAUCUACAACAUCUCUUUGAAAACUACGAGGACCUUGGGUCUCCAGAACUUGGUUGUGUCCAUGACUCACCCUGUAAGAAAUGAAGAGAAGAUAGUCUCUUUGCCAGUCAAUCAAGAAAGUACCACGAAUCCUUGUUUAAACUGGAAGGUAACUGCAACUGCAUUCAUCAUUUUGUUUUUAGUUUCAUGCAUCAUCAUUGGAGCCAUUCUCUAUAUUCAUUUCAAGAAGAAAAGGUCAGAGAGCACAUCCGAGCCAUCAUCAACACAGAUGCCUACCCGGCGGCUAUCAUCCACACCACCACCAACAGAGGCUGAGAACCUAAUGAGACAUCGUCGCCAGACAGAGACAUAA